AUGAACGCAAACAAUAAGCAGUUAGUGAAGGAUAUAUAUAGAAUAGGUAUGUUAAACAGUGAAAAUUUCAUCCGACGUGUCUUUGUAGGACUAGAUCAUAAGGACUUUAUAAAUAUAGAAAAUUUAGAAGAAAUAUAUGAAAAAAAAAAAAAAGUAAAGUUAAGAAGAUGCGAAAUUGUUUAUGCAUUAAAUAUCCUUGAAAAUGCAAGAGCUUGUUCAAUAAAAAAUGAAAAUAAUACAAUUAUAACGAGGAUGAGAAGUGAAGAUGUUACGAAAAAAUUGAAAGAAUUAAGUGAUAUAGAUUUUUUAAUAUUUACCAAAAUUGAAAAUAGUCAAAACAAUGGAAUAUGGACAGCUGAUCUGAGAAAGCAGACCAAAUUACUGAUACAUCAAGUCCAAAAAGGAGUGAAGUUGCUUUGUGAAAAUAAAUUAAUAAAACAGGUAAAUAAUAUCCAUGUUAAAAAUCGCAAAAUGUACAUACUGUAUGAUUUGGAAGCUUCAGAAAAGGUGAUUGGUGGAUCGUUCUACACGGACGGAGUGUUCAACAAAAAGGUUGUUGACUAUAUAAGAGAGAACAUAUGUUUCUAUUUAUAUAACAAUAACAAUUCAAAUGUUAUUUCUGUUAUUAAUUAUGUUAAAAAACUUAAUAACAGUGUGUGUUAUUUUUCGGACAACGAUAUAUACAGAGUUAUAAAAACGCUGUUAUAUGAGGAAAGAAUUAAGAUAUAUAAAAAUAAUAAUGAUGAAGAAUAUAUUUAUUAUUAUAACAAUGAAAAGAAAAUUUUUUUCCAUAAUUUUCCUUGCUUUUCAUGUGAUAUUUUUAACAAAUGUAAUUCUGAUACAAAAACAGCUAUUAACCCGAAGAAUUGCUUAUAUUUAAAUUUUUAUCUUAAUUUAGAGAGCGAUUAA